GAAUCGACACCCACCUCGAGUAACCUCCGCCAUACCCCUCCUCAAAUCCAACUCACUCCACAACACCACCCACCAUGCCGCCCCAACAAAAACAACGCAAAAUGGCCAUCGUAGGCAGCAGAUCCGUCGGCAAAUCCUCCCUAACAGUGCAAUACGUCGACGGCCACUUCGUCGACUCCUACUACCCGACGAUCGAAAACACCUUUUCCAAAGUCAUCCGCUACCGCGCCCAGGAUUUCGCCGUCGAAAUCAUCGACACGGCGGGUCAAGACGAGUACACCAUUCUCAACAACAAACAUUUCAUUGGGAUACACGGGUAUAUGAUUGUGUAUAGCGUGGCGAGCAAGCAGAGUUGGGAGAUGGUGAGGAUUAUUCGGGAUAAGAUUUUGAAUCAUUUGGGCGCCGACACAGUCCCCAUCAUGAUCGUCGGCAACAAAUCCGAUCUCCGCCCCGAACAGCGACAAGUCCAAACAGCCGACGGGAAGAAACUCGCGGAAGAGCUGGGGUGUGGAUUCGUCGAGGCGAGUGCGAGGUAUAAUGAGAAUGUGGGCAAGGCGUUCGAGGGCAUGAUUGGAGAGAUUGAAAAGGGACAGGAGGCGGGACAGCCGAAGGAGGGGAAUUCAAAGUGUGGGGUGAUGUGAAUGAGGGAUUGAAAGAGACGGCGAGUAAUAACAGCGGGUUGUUGUUUUUUCUCUCGGGAGAGGAAAAUGAUGGGAUGGGUUGAGCGGGAGAGAGGAGGACGUGGGAUGCCACCUCCUUCUCACACACUUCGGGUUGGCAGCGAUUGGCCUCGAGGGUCCGGGAAUGGUGUUUCUUCUUUCUGGACGGACACGAUACACGGUCGCUUUUUUCUCCGGACGGUCCUUCGUUCCAUCGACAUAUCUCCCUUCUCUUACGGUUGACAACGACGAGAAGAAGAGAGGCAGGACUUACACGACACCCCUCGAGCGACAGAUCCGACUUACUUUUGCUUUCCAAGAAUACGGCGUUUCAGGUCCAGGAGCAAUUGAUGUUUAAGGCGGGAGUUGGGGGCAAAUGGGACAUAGACGAUGCAGGCGAAAGCACUGGCGCUUUGUGGGGUUGUGUUCGUUCGGUGGGGGGGUGGUUUUUGCUUGGUUUGUACCUUACUU